CGAUAACAAGUGUGUGCUUCAAUUUCCCUUAGCACCCAAUCUACUUAAUUAAUUUGUAGAGAGAGAGAGAAGUGCUACAUACGCUACCAUGAGUUCACAGGACUACUGGAACUUGGAAAAUGGGGAUUCAAAGGACUUGAUGAGCAAGGAUCAACUGGUCACCGGCCGGACCGCGCAAACCUUGUCGUCGUCAUUGUCGCGUAAGAAGUCCGAUCCGGCACUUGUGUCGAAGGUUCGGUUCCGAUUGGUUAGACAAUUUCUGAUCAACCUUCAAGAGGUGAUACUAGGAACCAAGCUAUGUGUGCUCUUCCCAGCUAUUCCUUUGGCUAUCGUAGCUGAGUAUUGCAAUUUUGGAAGACCUUGGAUUUUUGCUCUGAGUUUACUAGGGCUUGCUCCACUUGCUGAACGUCUCAGCUUUUUAACUGAACAAAUUUCAUUCUACACUGGUCCAACAGUUGGAGGGCUGCUUAAUGCCACAUGUGGUAAUGCAACAGAGCUGAUAAUAGCAAUAUUUGCUCUUCACCAAAAGAAAAUACAUGUGGUGAAGUACUCUCUUUUGGGUUCCAUUCUCUCAAACCUUCUUCUUGUUCUUGGGAGCUCUCUCUUUUGUGGAGGAUUGGCCAACCUCAAAAAAGAGCAGAGAUUUGACAGAAAGCAGGCCGACGUGAACUCGCUCCUUCUAUUGCUUGGAUUACUUUGCCUUGUGCUGCCAUUGUUAUUCGGAUAUGCUGUUGAGUCUAGCACUUCCACAACCACUUCGAUUCUUCAAUUGUCCAGAGUGGGCAGUAUUUUGAUGCUCAUGGCAUAUGUCGGUUAUCUCUUAUUUCAAUUAAAAACCCACCGCCAAAUUUUUGAAUCCCAAGAGCAGGAAGUUGAAGAAGAUGACGAUUAUGUGGAAGAGAGUGCUGUGAUUGGAUUUUGGAGUGCAUUUAUCUGGUUGAUUGGUAUGACGGUUAUCAUAGCUUUGUUGUCCGAGUAUGUUGUGGGUACAAUAGAGGCUGCUUCAGAUUCUUGGGGUAUUUCUGUUAGCUUCAUCAGCAUAAUACUACUGCCCAUAGUGGGGAAUGCUGCUGAGCAUGCUGGAUCUGUCAUAUUUGCUUUUAAGAACAAAUUGGAUAUAUCUUUGGGUGUUGCUUUGGGUUCUGCUUCUCAGAUAUCCAUGUUUGUGGUCCCUUUAUGUGUGAUCGUUGCCUGGAUAAUGGGGAUCCCUAUGGAUCUUAAUUUCAAUCUACUAGAAACUGGUUCUCUUGCUUUCGCGAUUAUCAUCGUAGCCUUCACCUUGCAGGAUGGAACUUCACAUUACAUGAAAGGAGUCAUCCUCUGUCUAUCUUACGCUGUUAUUGGCGCGUGUUUCUUUGUUCAUAAAACACCACUAAUCUUUGUCGCAGAUCAAACAACUGUUGUCAACAUGGGAAUCGGAUCAUCCUCUGGAGUAGUACUCUUGGCCGCUGAGCUGACUUUGCCUUUGUUUUGCUCUCGUGUGUGUGUGUGUGUGUGUUGUGUGUGUUGUGCAUCAGCAGCACAUUCAUUAAUUAGCAUUUGUUCAUUCAAACAGACAUCCCGUACGUUGAUGAAGCACUUGCGAAUUAACUAUCGAUUUUUAAGUUUAUUUUAGAGGCAUUGUGGUGAAUAAGGAGAACCGAACAUUGAAGAUGUUUGUACAUAUCUCCUUGUUUCAACGCGGUCAGGUUUUGUUUCUGAUUCUAGUGUAAAGUGGUGGGCAAAGGGCAUGUUAACACACAGUACUGUGUGGGGUAGAAAAAAUGCCAUUGCUUCAUGUUUUGUAAUAAUCGAUGUUCGAUGAAUAAAAUUUCUCAAGGUAUUUGAAAACUUCUGCAA